AUGUCGCACUACGCUCUCCGCCGCGCACAGACGGACAAUCAAUACAGCCUACCUCAUCGACAAACCUCUGUCGCAUCUACAGCGUCAUCAGUCUAUUCAGCGGCAUCCAGCGCCUUCUUGCCAAGCCGAACGAGCACUGUGACUUCGACCAACUCCAGCAUUUACUCAAGAGGAUCUCCAGGACAUAAACGUUCUAACACCACAAUCGAGGACAUGACACCUACAAAGGCUUACGCUGGAAGCAGUAGUGUCGAGAACAGUCCCGAUCAUGUGUACCGCAAUAUCCGUCAAUCGCUUCGACCUCUGCCUCAAGCUCCUUCACCCUCCUCAACUCCUAGCGCAAGACGACCGAGUCCAUACCAUGCUCGCGCCCAAACGAUCGACCACUUUCCUCAGACCCAUUCCGAAGACAUAUUUGUUGACAAGCAACACCUCCUUGAGCAUCAUCAGGACUCUCAUAAGGCAAGGCCUCAUCUUCAUCAUAGUAUAACGAGCCCGCACAGCAACACUUUCAAAGCGCCCGAUCUCCAGGACCUGCAGAAGUCUUCAACGGGCUAUCUGAAGACGCUAUCUAGAUUUGCACAAAAUGGCGAGGCCGAAGAGUUUGGAAUCUCCCGACCAGGUCAAUCUGUCGUUGGGCUGCACAAUCGAAGACAACUGAAGCGUACCGAUUCUGUGGUACACGGUGGGCGGCCAGCAGCUAAGAGCUAUGGAUGGGGUGACAGGAACUGGAUGGACAAACAACGACAAUUCCUACAGGCAUACGAAUACCUCUGCCACAUCGGCGAAGCGAAGGAGUGGAUUGAAGAUGUCAUCGACAAACAAAUCCCGCCUAUCGUACAGCUGGAGGAGGCGCUUCGUGACGGCGUAACUUUGGCCGAAAUCGUCCAGGCCUUUCAUCCUGAUCAGAAGCUGAGAAUCUUCCGCAACCCAAAACUCCAAUUCAAGCACUCUGACAAUAUCGUCCUGUUCUUCCGGUUUUUGGAAGACGUGGGCCUACCUGACCUCUUCCGAUUCGAGCUUAUCGACCUGUACGAGAAGAAAAACAUUCCCAAAGUCAUAUAUUGCAUUCAUGCACUGUCAUGGCUCCUCUAUCGUAAGGGCAUGGUGGACUUUCGCAUCGGAAAUCUGGUUGGACAACUCGAAUUCGAGCACCAUGAAUUGGAGCAGACACAGCGAGGACUGGACAAAGCUGGCGUCAGUAUGCCAAGUUUCUCAAGCAUGGGUGCAAGCUUCGGCGAGCCAGAGCCUGAGCCAGAACCAGUGGAGUCCGAAGAUGAGCGGAUAGAGCGAGAGCUGCGUGAGCAAGAAGCCGUCAUUGUGGAUUUCCAGAACCAAGUCAGGGGUGCUCUGGUCCGACUGCAGCUGGGCGACAUGAUGCAGCAGCUAUGGGACAAUGAGCCCAUUAUUGCCGAUCUUCAGUCUCGCAUUCGUGGUGACUGGUCACGGCAAAUUGUGGGUUACAGGCUUGAUAUGCAGCGUUUUGCUACAAGCCUCCAAGCUGCCACUCGCGGGUUUCUGGCACGACAAAGACAUUGCGGAACAAAACAAGCAUGGAAAUCGAAAGAAGGCGAGAUUCUCAAACUUCAAAGUCUCUUCAGAGCUAGCCGAGUCCGCGCUGACACUCGCACUCUCAAGUCUCAGUUCCACAAACACGACGCUGGAAUUCGCAACCUACAAGCAGCAAUCCGCGGGGCACUCUCUAGGCAGGAUGCAUUCGAUCAGUAUGAAGAGACCAGGGCAGCGGAGAAGGAAGUCCUCAGCCUCCAAGCCAAUAUUCGUGGCAUGUUGACUCGAAGGCAGCUGCAAAGGGAUCAUGCAUCUCUCGAACGACAUGCUCGGUCUGUUAUUCAACUCCAAGCUGCGGCACGUGCUUUCGUUGCCAGGUCGGCUCAUAGCAGACUGCACGAAGCUCUUCAAAAGUCGGCACCAAAAUGGAUCGGCUUACAGGCCCUCAUUCGAGCCGGUCAACUACGUGCGGACGUUACGCGGUUGAAACAGUCCCUGAAGUCACAUUCGUCGUCUAUCAGCAGAUUUCAAGCAAACUUGAGGGGGGCGAAUGCGAGGGAAAAGUACAACUCGUUCAAGCUUGCUCUGCUCCAACAGUCAACCUCCACCAUCUUUCUCCAAGCUGUCGUCCGCGGGUAUAUUCUGAGGCAUCAAUUGCGAACUCAACGACAAUUGUUGGACAGACAUAUUCCUCGCAUCAGUCAUCUGCAGGCCUUAGGAAGGGGCGCGCUCCUUCGUAUCCAGACUGCAGAACUGCUGGGAAAUCUUGACGACACUCAAGAUGGAGUCAUCCAACUACAAGCUCUGUCACGCGCCAUGCUGUGCCGCGCCCGUGUCGGUGACUUAUUGAGCGAGUUGGAAGCCAACGAGAGAUCAAUUAUCGAGCUCCAAGCAAUUAUGAGGGCAAGAGCAAUUCGAACCCGCUUUGCCGAGAAGCAGCGUCACUACAAGGAGAACAUGGAAAAGGUAGUCAAAAUUCAAAGUGUGGUUCGAGCCAAAAUCCAGGGCAAAGCAUACAAGAGCCUGACCGCAGGCAAGAACCCACCUGUUGGGACCUUGAAAGGGUUUGUCCACCUCCUAAACGACAGUGAUUUCGACUUUGAGGAAGAAGUGGAAUUUGAGCGACUUCGAAAAACAGUCGUGCAGCAUGUGCGACAGAACGAACUUGCCGACCAGUAUAUCACCCAGCUAGACAUCAAGAUCGCAUUACUGGUGAAGAACAAGAUCACGCUGGAUGAAGUGGUAAAGCAUCAAAGACACUUUGGUGGCCACGUGGGUGCUCUCCUGCCAAAUUCUGACAUUGCCUCAAAGGACCCGUUCGACCUGAAGGCGCUCAACAAAACAUCACGUCGGAAACUGGAACAUUACCAAGAGCUCUUCUUCUUGCUCCAGACACAACCACAGUAUCUUUCCAGACUGCUCAAGCGCAUCCGGGAACACGCCACGGCUGAGAAGGAAUGCGAUCGGAUCAAGCAUCUAGCCAUGGGCAUAUUCGGCUAUGCUCAAAAGCGAAGGGAGGAGUACUACCUGGUCAAGCUGAUCGCACGAUCCAUCAAAGAGGAGGUCGACUGUUCAAUAUCAUUCCAGGACUAUCUCCGAACAAAUUCUUUCUCAAACAAGCUUUUUGCGGCAUACAGCAAAUCACCCCGGGACCGCAAGUUCUUGAGAGAUGUCCUUGGUGCGGUUGUGAAGGAAAACAUCAUCGACAAUGCUUCGCUUGAUCUCGAGAGCGACCCUCUUCAAAUCUACAUAUCAGCAAUCAACAACGAAGAACUGAGGACGGGCCAGCGGAGUCGGAGGGAUCCCAACGUGCCCAGAGAAGUAGCUAUUCGAGAUCCAGAGACGAGAGCAACGUUCAUCGCACAUAUGCAAGACCUUCGCGAUAUAACCGAUCAAUUCUUCCUUUGCUUGGAGGACUGUUUGCACCGGAUGCCUUUUGGUGUCCGCUUUGUCGUCCAGCAGACGUAUCAACAUCUGGUGGCACGAUUUCCGGGCGAGGAAGCGGAUUUUGUCCUUCAGCUAGUUGGCCAGUGGCUAUGGCGUCACUAUCUUCAGCCUGCUCUUCUGGAACCAGAGAAGUUCGGCGUUGCUGAUCGCGCAAUGACUCAAGAGCAGAAACGCAAUCUGGGCGAGAUCGCCAAAGUCUUGAACCAAGCUGCUACGGGUCGCGAGUUUGGAGGCGAUAAUAUCUACCUUCAACCACUCAACAACUACGUACGGGAGUCAAUCGAACGGUUUGCGGUAAUCUGGAGUCACGUCAUCUCUAUACCGCCAGCUGAGGAGCACUACGACAUUGAUGAGUUCAACGACCUGUAUGCCAAAACGAAACCAACACUGUACAUCAAAAUGGCCGAUAUCUUCUCCAUCCACAAACUAUUGUCCCAAGAGAUCAGCGCCAUUUGUCCGAGCCAAGACGACGUGCUUCGUGACAUCUUGAGAGAACUGGGUAGCGUCCAGAGCAACGAGAGUGAACUUAGAGGUGUCAGCUCCAGCGAAAUCAGUCUCACCUUGACUCCCAAGUUGCUGAACUCAGAGGAUCCUGAUGCGGAUGUCAAGGCUUUGUUGACCGAGACCAAGCGAUGCGUUCUAUACAUUAUCCGAAUCCAGUCAGGAGCUAACCUCCUCGAGAUCCUAGUGAAGCCCAUCAACCCAGAAGAUGAAGAGAAGUGGGAAGCUUUGGUCGCGGAAGAGCUUCGAUCGGGCAGCGGGCGACGCGGCGCAUAUGCUGAUGCUAACAACCACCUUGACAUCCUCUCAUUGUCUUAUCCUGAUCUCAAGCGCAUUGCUUUGGAAAACAUUCUGCAGCUCGAAUCCAUCGGUCGCUUGACCAGGGCAAAUCAAUACCAAGACCUGCUCAACGCCAUUGCGGUAGACAUUCGAACAAAGCACCGCCGUCGACUUCAACGUCAACGAGAAUUGGAAAAUGUCAAAACCACAUUGGAACGGCUUAAUGAACAAGCGGUGUAUCUGGAACAGCAGCUGAAGACUUACAACGACUACAUCGAGCAGGCCAUGGUAACUCUUCAAAACAAGAAAGGCAAGAAGCGCUUUGUCAUGCCCUUCAGCAAGCAAUGGGAACACGAACGCGAACUGCAACGCUCCGGCCGCUCUUUCAAAUUCGGCUCCUACAAGUACUCAGCCCGCACCCUCGCCGACAAAGGUGUCCUGGUUCAAUGGCAGGGCUAUAGCGAACGACAAUGGGAUCGCGUGGACCUCACCAUCUCCUCUAAUGCAGUUGGUGUAUUCACCAUCGAUGGCAGUUCAGGUAACAUGAUGAUCCCGGGUGCAAAUGCACAGAUUCCAUUGGACGAUUUGUUGCAGGCGCAGUUCAACAACACGCAGUUCAUGGAGUUUUUCGAAGGAGCGCUAAGGGUUAACGUCAACUUGUUCCUGCAUUUGAUUAUGAAGAAAUUUUAUAAUGAAUGA